UUUCAGACACUUCUAGGAUUUGACAGAGUCUGCACAACAUUUCAUCAGCAGGAGUGAACAUCUGCAGCAGUUUUUGGAAGCGACACCCAUUUAUGUGAUUGAAGCAUGACAGAGGUGAUGAACACACGGGAACCGGUGAUGGAGGAAUUCACGCUCAGCCAGUCUCCUGAGGAAGAAGGAGGCCCUUCCAGCCAGGCCUUCCCAGAUGCACGUGAGAAAUACCCCAAGCUGUCCAAAAGACUGCCAUCGAUCGUGGUGGAGCCAACUGAGUCCGGGGAGGUGGAGAGCGGGGAGCUGCGCUGGCCUCCCGAUGACCUGAAGUCAGCAGAAGAGAAGGGUCUGCAUGGUGACCAAAGAGUCUGCGUCCAGCAGCAGCAGAUGGAUCUGGAAGAUACUUUAGCGCAUCCAGCUCAAGAAGUGGAAGACAGUACAGAUACUCUUGAAAGCAGAACUGAAAAGGAUGAGUAGGAACUCCGUGGCCUCAGAAGUAAAACUUCAUUGUGAAUGUUGUUGACAAGCUAACACACUCUGAAGACAUGUCAAACUAAUCUGUAUUUAAAUCUGCAAGGGUUUUAUUUAGUUAGUACCUGGUAAGAAGUGUAUGGGCUUUAGAACUGUUCUUUUUAACAUUCUGCUUUUCAGGCUGGGAUUCAUACUAUUUGUUUAUUUUUUCCUUGGGGAAAAAGAAAGGGACAUGUUAGGAAAUGCAUCGCAGACAUGAGAUCGCAAAGGAAAAAUGCUCCUAAUUUCAAUUAGCACAUUUCAUUGGAUUUACCUUUUUUAAGCAAGGCUGCUUUCAGGUAUCAACAGCAGGACCAAGGGGUUACAUUUCUCCGGAAGGGAUGUCUUAAAUCUAAAACCUUUCUUGUUUUUAGCCAUUUGAAACUAGCACUGUGAUAUUACGGACAAUAGAUGUAAUAUAAUGUCACCAUUUGAUUUUGUAACUUUUGUAUAGAGACGCAAGUGUAAGAUUAGCCUCCAUCGCUACGCAGGAUCUCCAGGCUGCCGCCCGCGUGCGGAUCAGAGCAGUUCUCUCCCUUUGGCUAACCUGUGCAAAUUGAGGUGAACCAGCCUUGUACUAACCGUCUUUUCGAUAAGGCUCUGAAGCUUCAGACACGCUUUCUUGCUGUACAUUGACGAGCUGGAAUAGCUAGUCGCUGGUGUUCGUGGAGUGAGACCGUUCGUUGUAGAUUUGGUUGGGUGGAUCGUGCUGUUCGUGCGCACUUCGGGGACCAGGUCCAGCUCGCUACUGAAGCCAGUGAAAUGGCUCCUGCUUCUGCCAAGGCUGGAUUUGUCCCACCUUGUUAAUAGAAGUUGUUGUGACUAUUCUUUUGGUAUGUUUUGUGUAUAAAAUAGGUGCAGAGGCUCAGCUCUUCCUCCCUUAGCCCAGGCUAGGCAGUGGUUGGGCAGGUGAGGGGAGCUCAGUGGCACAGCCCAAACCUCCUUACAUUUGGGGAGCCUUUCCACAUGAUGCCAGGUCCCCUCCAAGCCGUCUGCGAUGGGAAGGGGUGGAAGGGGGCUUCUGUCCUGCCCUGGCAGUGCUGCCCACGGGAGCACGUAUGGCUUGGGGGUCCUCACCUGCAGCACGGCCCCUUUGUCUGCGGGUGCACAGCCACCUCUGGUAGGCCACAGCUCGUGGUGGGACAAGCUGUCUCUGCACGCAUCAGGUCUCCACUGGAUUCUCCUUGUCUCCCUGCCUGGAGAUGGAUCCGGGGGCCAUUUUCACAGGGGUGAGCCUGCUCCUCCACGGGGACCUUCCAGAGACUCCCUCCAACCAGGCACCAUCCCAGGAGAAGCAAAGAUCUCGGCCCAAAACAUUACCCCUUGGACAGUGUCGGUGGAGAUAAUGCAUGUUCUGAAAAGGGUUCGACUGUUUCGGUGGCAAGUGUCCUGUAAGCUACGAAGUUGGAUUUCUCCAUCUCGGCAGGGCUGGAUGGGGUCUGUACUUCCAAUUAAUGUUGCAUCCGGAAGAAGCGGCUCGCUGUGGGUGGAAAGAAAUAACAGGAUUUCUUCCAGCGUUAACUCCCGAGUUGACUUUCAAGUGCAUUCUUCUAUCCAGUAAUAAUUUUCUCUAAAGGAAACUUUUAAUUGUGUGAUGAUGGAUAAAAUUUACUGGCCAGAUGUAUUGAUAAGAUAAGUUUAUACCUUCUUAGCAACCAAAUUUAAUAUAUUUACUUACAAAGAAUUCUGUGCAAUGAAUGUUUAAUACAAAGGAAAGAGACUAUUUUACUUCAAAGCAACAUUAAUUUAUGUACAAAAUUAUAGCUCAUUAUUUGGGGUGUUUGGGAUCUAGGACCCUUUUUAUAAGCAGUGUAGUGUAGUAUAACGUGAUACUUCAGUUAAACUUUGCUCUCUCAACCUAUAUAACAACCUGUUUUGCCUUUUUGGUGUAGACAUUCUUACCCACGCUGUCACAGAACUAUUCUGCUGGAUGAACGGUCAGAGCACCAGGUCUUGGCAGAGGAGCUGAGGGUGUCAAGCGCACCUCCUAAAUCCAGCUGCCCUCCCUGCCGCCCCCUUGGCUGGUGCCAGCCUUCCUGCAAAGCCGAGGAAGCGAGAACGAGCUGGGUAAAGCACUGAGAAGUGCCACGGGGCUGCAGCUCGGGUGUGAGGUGCUCUUUAAACGCGGCCCCUGCACCGGCUGCUGAGCAGUUUUCCGAAGCUCUGGGGAAAAGCAGCAAGGAUGACGAUGUAUUUUUGGCUGCGUGACUUCCUUUAACCUGCGUCUGCCCAGCUCUGCGAGGAAUGACGUUAGACGUGUCGCUUGAUUUGCUUUUCACUUUAUAAAAGGAAAACCAGUUGUUUGGAACACUUCCCCCAAUUUUAUGCGCUCUCUAUCUGCUUUCAGACGCUCCCUCCCUUCCUGCUCUGGAUGGCCCUUAUCCCAUUUCCACCUGAGGUCAAUGGCACUUCCCUAAAUAAGUUUUCCAAAGAAACAACAAAAUUCUGCAUCCACCCUACUUUUUGGGGUUGGAAUACACAGCGCUGCAGCCCCUGCAGAAAUGCCAGAUUUCCUCCUUCCAGCCUCAUUACUCUCCUCUUUCCUGUUUCCCCUUUCACGCAGCUCCCCCUCAGUAUUUCAGCUGAAGCAAAUGGAUGCUUCAAACUUCAGCUUUCCACUGAAGCUGUGUGGCCCCUGUUUAACCACCACGCAAAGCCAAACUCCUCCUCCCAUUUUUAUUUUUCUGAACAUGGGCCAGAGGCCCUAAAGUAGGAGAGCAAGAUAGAGAGAAACUUGUUUUCUACAAACAAGCCCUAUUUAUUCAACUUGCAGGUCUAUGAAUGUCCACUUACUUUGUCUGUGUGCAAGUGUUGUCUCUCUGAUAAACUCAAUAGUUGUUUUGUAUUUUUUUCUGGAUGAAAAGCUUUGUAGAAACUAAAAAGGAAAAAAAAAAGACAUUCAGUCAUAUUUUUCUAGUCUAGCUUGUAGAAUAUUUCAUGUAGUGCAGAAGGGAAGUUUUAUGGAGUAAGACAUUGUUGGAUUUUGCUCUAUUUCAGUUCUUUCUAAUUUUGUAAAAUGCCACCUGUACAUAAUACUCGACUAAUGUAUGUCCUGUAGAUGUAUUACACCGUUUAGCCUAUUAAAUGCCUAUAAUGGACCGAUUGGAA